GUCCCCCAGGACAGUGGCAGAUCCUGACUCUGGAGGACUUCUCAGAACACAGUGUCUCUCCCUCUCUCCUCUUUUGCUGUGUAGCUGAAAACAGACAUCAUACUUGGAUUUCUCAGUGUUUUCCCAGGACCUGUUCAUGUUUUGUAGUUGUUUAAGAUCAGAGAAAACACCUGCCAGUUGCUUUUUCUUCUGUUUUGCUCCCUUCUGCUGCCUCGUGCAAGAUGGAGCUAGAAAAUGCAAUGAUCAGCUCCUCGAGCAGUUCUUCAGCAGGCUCCAGAGAGUACAAGGUGGUGAUGCUGGGAGCAGGGGGAGUUGGCAAAAGCGCAAUGACAAUGCAGUUCAUUAGCCAUCGGUUCCCUGACUACCAUGAUCCAACUAUAGAGGAUGCCUAUAAAACUCAAGUCCGAAUUGAUGAUGAACCAGCCUAUUUGGACAUUCUAGACACUGCUGGACAGGCAGAAUUCACUGCCAUGAGGGACCAGUAUAUGCGAGGUGGAGAAGGCUUCAUUAUCUGCUAUUCCAUCACAGACCGCCAAUCCUUUCAAGAAGCAGCUGAGUUUAAAGAACUCAUUUAUCGUGUCCGGCACACCUAUGACAUCCCCGUGGUGCUGGUGGGAAACAAAAUAGACCUUGAGGAGUUCAGGCAGGUUUCAACUGAAGAAGGAAUGAGCUUAGCCAGAGAAUAUUCCUGCUCCUUUUUUGAGACUUCAGCUGCACUCCGCUUCUACAUUGAUGAUGUCUUUCAUGGACUAGUGAGGGAAAUUCGAAGGAAGGAGUCCUCACUGUCCAUGAUAGAGAAGAAAAUGAAGAGGAAGGAUAGUCUGUGGUGGAAACUGAAGGGAUCCCUGAAGAAAAAAAAGGAAAGUACAACCUGAUGGCAAUUCUCCAUGAGCCACUCAUCAGGAGCUCACCACAGUAACCUGUAAUAGUUCAAAAAGGCAGCAUUGACACAGCAUCUUCCAGGCCAGGUCCUGGAGUUGCUUCCCUUCAGCUCUCAUGCAGAAGUUGCUCCUUGAAGGCCCCCAUGGUUUCCCUGUGGCUCUUCUGUUCUAUAGUGUCAUUUAGCAUACCCUCUCGUACCUUUUCUGCAACUCUGAGUGGAGAAAAUACUGUGUUUUUUAACGUGUGUUCCAUGGCUGGUCUUCAAAUGCUAUGAGUUACGCCAGCAUCCAAGGCAGAACUAGUUUCCACCAGCUCUAGGACAAUGGAUACAAUAAUUGCCACCUCUCUGCAUGCACAGGUCAUUUCUCCAUCCCAGGAAUGAAUGACGUUGAUUUCAAUGGACAUUUUGACUGUUUAAGGACUUUGGGAUCUGACCUUCAGCUUUGCAUUCACAUGUAGGUUUAGGGUUAGAGUGUGCUUGGCCUGCACGCCCGUGUCUGUGUGUGAGUGUGUCUGUGAACCAGGCCCAAAGGGAACCCUGGGGACUCACAGUUCUGACCCUGUAGUGCCCUAUCCCCAUUGCGUCCUGUCCAGUUAGCAGGCAGGAUUUGCAAGCAGAGUACAAGUCAUGCACCAGCCCUGCAGAGGCUGCAGGGAUACUGGUCUGUCUCCUCUGAGCUGUACUUGCCAGGGCUGGCUGGCAGAGGUACCAUGUCCUACAGACAUGCAGUGCAUUGAAUCACGCAAGAGUUUGUGUUGGAAAGGAACUUUUAAAGGUCACCUAGUCCAAACCUCUACAGCGAACAGGGACACCUCCAACUCGAUCAGGUUGCCCAGAACCCUGUUCAGGCUGGAUGUUUCCAGGGAUGGGGCAUCCACCACCAGUCUGGACAUCCUGUGCCAGUGCUUCAGCCACACUCCCUUGUCCCACCAAGGAGAUCACAGCUGCUCUGUCUGUCCGAUGAGUCCCAGAGCCCUCCCUGGAGCAGUGCAGCUCUGUCCCAGCAUGUAAUAGCAUCUGUGAUGUAGCAUCCAGCCCUUGACUUACUAGAGAAUUGCAUCAGCUCAAUCAUCAUUGCUCACAACCCUUGACCAUCCAACUGAACCACUUGAUUAAUCAGUUGGACAAGAGUUUUAAAUAUCCCUUUUUAAAGCUGGCAUGAAGUAGAGUCUAUGCUCCUGAAAGUUUUUUUUCCCCUUGGAGUUCUUUUACUGUUGUUGCUAUUUAUAAAUUUUACAGAUAGAAUAUCCAUAAGUUUUGUCAAAAAUAAAGAUUGUGAUUUCCAUGGAGCCAUA